AAGGAAAUGCGCGAAAAGCACACAAAACGAAGGCAAAUCGCGGCUAAUUCUGCUAGCUUUCAGCUAGCCCAGCAGAAUCGCUAAUUAUUAAAACAUGGCUGCUGUGCUCACUCCGAGACCACCGUGCGACAGUAACCCCGCUACGCCCGGAUCACAGUCACUAAAGGAGGACAUAACAGAAGAAGAGUCCAAUGAUGGCAGCCAGCCCCCUAAAAGACGGCGAAUGGGUUCAGGGGACAGCUCACGAAGCUGUGACACCUCCAGUCAGGACCUUGGGCCAACAUAUUUCCCAGCGGAGAACCUAACAGAGUACAAGUGGCCAGCAGAUGAUACGGGAGAGUAUUACAUGCUGCAAGAGCAGGUCAGCGAGUAUUUGGGAGUCACGUCCUUCAAGAGGAAAUACCCUGACAUGGAAAGGAGGGAUCUGUCGCACAAAGAGAAGCUCUACCUUCGUGAACAGAACGUGAUCACUGAGACCCAGUGCACUCUGGGUCUAACAGCUCUGCGGAGCGACGAGGUGAUCGACCUGAUGAUAAAAGAGUAUCCCGUCAAACACUCGGAGUACUCCGUCAUACUUCAGGAGCGAGAGCGACAGAGGAUAGCUAAAGAGUACUCCCAAAUGCAGCAGCAGAACCCGCAGAAGGUUGAAGCCAGCAAGGUUCCGGAGUACAUUAAGAAGGCGGCCAAAAAGGCAGCGGAGUUCAACAGUAAUUUCAACAGGGAGCGGAUGGAAGAAAGAAGGGCUUAUUUUGACCUCCAGACGCAUGUUAUCCAAGUGCCGCAGGGCAGAUUCAAGGUGCUCGCUCCAGACCUGACCAGGACGGGGCCCUACCCAGUUGCUCUAAUACCAGGGCAGUUCCAAGACUACUACAAAAGGUACUCUCCCAAUGAGCUGCGAUACCUGCCUUUGAACACAGCUCUAUUUGAGCCUCCGCUGGAUCCAGAUCUGCCUGCACUGGACUCAGAACCUGACUCGGAUGAUGCAGAGGAUGACAAAAAGAACCUCAAUUCUUCGGACAGUUCUUCAGGCAACACAUCAGACGGGGAAAGUCAGGAGGCGGGAGGCCAAAGGUCCAAGGCUAAAGACAGGACGUCCACGCUGGGCAAAGAUGGCAGCCACCGCCACUCCCACAAAGCCACCCCGGGGCACAAGCCUAAGGUCAUUCCCAAUGCUAUAUGUGGCAUUUGCCAGAAGGGUAAAGAGGCCAACAAGAGAGGCAAACCUGAGGCGCUCAUUCACUGCUCCCAAUGUGACAACAGCGGACACCCAUCCUGCUUGAACAUGAGCGCAGAGCUGGUACGCAUGAUCCAGACAUACCGCUGGCAGUGCAUGGAGUGCAAGACAUGCGCUGUGUGCCAGCAGCCCCACCAUGAGGACGAGAUGAUGUUCUGCGACAAGUGCGACCGAGGCUUCCACACCUUCUGCGUCGGGAUGGGCUCCAUCCCCACAGGUCUUUGGCUGUGUGAGGUAUGUGACAAAGACUUCAACACACCCAAGAAGAAAGUUGGAACGAAAACGCUGAGAAAGCCCAAGUCGGCGCAAAAAUGAUUUCAUUUAAUGUCAUGGAACAAAGAAAAGAAAAUUACUUGAACGUAAUCUAUUAUGAUUAUUGGGUACCUAUAGGUUCCUUUUUUUUUUUCAUUUUGUUAUUGUUUAUGGGAUUACAGUAGUACAUGUUUUUGUAUUCAACAAUGUUCCACAACUUAUCAACUGCAUUUCAUUAUUGAUGUUAGUGACACUAUUUAACAGUUCGCCUUUUUGUACCAAAACAUGUAUGUGAUAACCAAGGAAUCUGUUCUGGAUGGAAAAAAUGGAGCUUUUAUCUAUGUACUAGUUAAAAACUAAAGGCCAGUUUCAUGAAUUUCAAAACUUUUCAUUUUCAUGAGCAGUUUUAGUUCAAUGUGUCUUGAGUUCUGUCAUGGUGCUAAUGGUCUUUUUAAAUGUAGUGUUUGUACUUUUUGUCCUGUUUAUUCAAAGAUGUAUCUUAGGUACAAUUUCUUCCACUAUGCCUUUGACUGCAACAGGCCUGUCAAUCAAAGCUACAAUACAUCACAUUUUUGGAUUUGACUUGAAAACAUAUUUUUCUACUUUUCUAGACAUGUACUGCAGUGGUAGUAAAUUGUGAUUUGUUGAUGUCAUUGUCACUGAAUGUUUUUUUUUUCAAUAAAUAUGAAGAAAUACCUCA